AUGGCGUCCGAUUUGACUGCCUCCGUUCUGGAGGCCUUGGCCGCGUCCGAUUCGCCUAUACAGUCCAACGAAGCCUUCCCCUCCACCCCCUCAUUGAAUGUCAAAAGUGCGCUGGACCGCCUCGCCUCCCGCGAAAUGAUCAAAUAUGAGACCAAGGAAAAGGAGGUGCUUACGUUGACUCCGGAAGGUGAAGAGAUUGCCGCCAAUGGCAGCCAUGAAGCCAAGGUCUUUGACGCUGUUCUCAAGGCUCUUGACGGGUUGAAGAUUGCGGAUCUACCGGGGGUUGUUGGAGAGAAGAACGCUAAGAUUGCCCAGGGCAACGCUAUGAAGCGUCGCUGGGUCAAGCUUGAAAAUGGCCUGCUACGCCCAGCCCAGGAAUCCAUUGUCGACGAGACUCGCGAGAACCUCUUGACUGUGCAGCGCACUCAGUCUCUCCCCGAUGCCAAGGCGCUCAACGACCUUAAGAAGAGGAAGUUGAUCACUUUAUCCAAGGAUAUUCACUUCGUCAUCUCUAAGGGCCCGAAAUAUGCCCGGGAGUUUGUCAAGGAAGAAACAGAUCUCACCUUCGAAAUGCUCAACAAUGGCUCAUGGAAGACCGCCACCUUCAAGCCAUACAAUUUCAACGCCAAGGGAACCCCAGCCUUAGCCGGAGCUUUACACCCUCUGAACAAGGUGCGGGCGGAGUUCCGGAACAUCUUCUUUGAGAUGGGCUUCGAGGAAAUGCCAACCAACCGCUACGUCGAGACUGGUUUCUGGAACUUCGACGCCCUGUUUGUGCCCCAACAACACCCUGCCCGCGACCUCCAAGACACCUUCUACAUAGCAGACCCAUUGACCGCGGAUCCUCCCCGCGAAGACCCUCUGAAUGACCCCCCACCGUCCCAAAGCCGCACAGCCCGCUUCGAAUACUGGAACAACGUGCACGAGGUCCACGAGAAGGGCAAGUUCGGCUCCAUCGGCUACCGAUAUCCCUGGAACAAGGACGAGUCAUUGCGCCUCGUUCUCCGCACCCACACCACCUCCGUCUCCGCCUACGUGCUGCACAAGCUCGCUGCCAACCCGCGCCCCGCCCGCUUCUUCAGUAUCGACCGUGUCUUCCGAAACGAGGCCGUCGAUGCUACGCACUUGGCUGAGUUCCACCAAAUCGAGGGUGUCAUUGCUGACUUUGGUCUGACUCUCGGUGGUCUGAUCGGCUUCAUGGAGGUUUUCUUCGCGAAGAUGGGCAUCCACCAGCUGCGCUUCAAGCCGGCUUACAACCCUUACACCGAGCCUAGUAUGGAGAUUUUCGGCUACCACGAGGGUCUGGGCAAGUGGGUUGAGAUCGGUAACAGUGGCAUGUUCCGUCCUGAGAUGCUGGAGUCUAUGGGUAUCCCCAAGAACAUGCAAGUCUACGGUUGGGGGUUGAGUCUCGAGAGACCUACCAUGAUCAAGUACGGUGUCAGCAAUAUUCGUGAACUGCUUGGACACAAGGUUGACUUGAACUUCAUCGAGUCUAAUCCGGCUGUUCGCCUAGAAAAGGAGUAG